AUGUCCCAGAACCCUGUAUUCGGGCCCGGCCUUGAAGCGGAGUAUACCAACAUAGUCCAGAUUGUGGAAGCACAGAUUGAAAUUCUAACAUACAAGGUAUGGCGACGCCGCGAGGUGAUUGAGAACCUGGAAAAUCUUUGUCGCGAGCUGGUAUUCCAAGCAGCCUGCGACGAGCGCAAGCCUCGCAACCAUCUGCUUGGGUAUGCCCAAUUCCAGCGUUUCUGCAUGACGCUCAGACUUUGUUUACCAGAGGUAAUCCUCGUCCUAGAGAGUGACUGGACCAGUUAUCAGAUCGGUAGUCGGAUAUUUGACUGGAUGAGGGAGGAUGAUAUUGAAUACACCGCCGUUUGUAUCCUCAAGGAGACACUCCUCGCCGCACAAUCAACUGACUGGUAUCUUUAA